ACUGUGCAUGGGAUAUUUUGCAAGCUGUACUGUUGGAGUAUAAUGGAGAAACGCCUAAUGAAUACUUGGAUAGAUUGACAAAAAAUGCAAUUAGUGGAGAUGAACCAGAUCCUCAAAAAGUAGUUGUUUCAUGGUGUUAUGGACAUUGCAUCAGGGCUGUUCAAGGACAUGUGAGAUCAGGAAACUUUCAUUGUCAACGAAAUAUUGAUAAAAAAAAUAUUCUAAAUGCAGCAAUGAAAAUAUGGUGCUGUGUGCAAGCCAGGACUACGUUUCCAGAGACAGAUAAGGAAACAAAAUGUUGGAAUUGGCUAUUAAAUCAACAAUACCUCAAUCUGGUCAACUAUAUCAUUGAUCUCAACACAAUGGAAUCCCUUCUAACAAAAAAGCUCAAAAUAAACAUUGAUGACAUACCAACAAAUGAGCUUCAGAUAGACAUGGACAAUAUUGAUGAUAGUUCAGAUCGGGCCUCUGGUAAUAGUAAUGAGAUAUCAAACAGAGAAUGGUAUUAUACAAUAAAUGAAGAUAUUCUUCUUCGAAUUGUGGAAAUAUCAACAGACAUUACUGACAGUGAUAAAAAUAAUUCAGUCAAUAAAAAUGAUCUAAAUGUGAUGGCUCUUCCAAACCCUGCAAAUGAGAAUGAAUCAUGGGUGAAAAAUGUUGUCAAGUUUUCUGCAACCCAAGAACAGCAACUCCAUGAUCUGUCUGAAAACAAGAUCAAUAUCCAGCAGGGUAGUAUUUUGAGCAUGCUCCAAAAGAAAUAUAUACCUAAAGAUGAACUAACCUUGGACAUUAUCAGAAUGUGGGUAUGCAACAUUAAUGAUGAUAUGGUUUUUCAGCAGGAGGGUCUGGUUAGUGAGGAGAAUCAACUAGAGGUGUUAGAAGAGUAG